AUGUCAAAGGUACUACCAAUGCAGCUGGAUGCUGCCAAUGCCCACACACAGGUGGACCACAUGUGUGCCCUGGAUAUAGAUUCUCGCCCCUUCUCAAAGCGACUUUCAGGCAUCAUUUGUACAAUUGGUCCUGUGUCCCGGUCAGUGGAAAUGUUGGAGCAGAUGAUGGAAGCAGGCAUGAACAUUGCACGUAUGAACUUCUCUCAUGGGACACAUGAGUACCACUCUGAGACAAUGAAUAAUGUCCGUCAAGCUGCUGAAAAUUACUCCAAGAAAAUUGGACAUUCCUAUCCUGUAGCUAUUGCUCUUGAUACAAAGGGGCCUGAAAUCCGUACUGGUCUCUUGGAAGGAGGUGCUAGUGCAGAAAUAGAGCUGAAAACUGGAGAGAAAGUAAAGUUAACUACUGACAAGUCAUGGUACGAGAAGUGCUCUGCAGAAGUAGUCUACCUUGACUAUGUCAACAUUACAAAGGUUGUCAAGACAAACAACCGCAUUUUUGUUGAUGAUGGCUUAAUUUCUCUCAUUGCCAAAGAAAUAGGAGAUGACUACAUAGUGUGUGAAGUUGAGAAUGGGGGAAUGUUGGGAAGCAAGAAAGGUGUUAACCUGCCAGGUGUUCCAGUUGAUCUUCCUGCUGUGUCGGAGAAGGACAGGGGUGACCUCUUGCUAGGUGUUGAGAUGGAGGUAGACAUGGUGUUUGCUUCAUUUAUCCGUGAUGCUGCUGGUGUGCGGGAGAUCAGGAGUGUUCUUGGCGACAAGGGAAAAGACAUAAAAAUUAUUAGCAAGAUUGAAAAUCACCAAGGUUGUAAGAACAUUGAUUCCAUUAUUGAAGAAGGUGAUGGCAUAAUGAUUGCCCGUGGAGACUUGGGCAUUGAAAUACCUGCAGAAAAAGUUUUCAUUGCACAAAAACAAAUGCUUGCAAAGUGUAAUAAGGUUGGAAAACCAGUGAUAUGUGCCACUCAGAUGUUAGAGUCCAUGGUUAAAAAGCCAAGGCCAACUCGGGCUGAAGUAUCAGAUGUGGGCAAUGCUAUUAUGGAUGGAGCAGACUGUGUCAUGCUGUCAGGAGAGACUGCCAAAGGAGACUACCCUUUGGUGUGUGUGCGUACGAUGGCUAACAUUGCAAGAGAAGCUGAAGCCGCCUUGUGGCACAAGCAGUUAUUCAUUGAGCUUUCUCAGCAGGUUAAACUUCCUACAGACUCAACACACACCACAGCUAUUGCAGCUGUAGAGGCAUCAUUCAAAGCAAUGGCAUCUGCUAUUAUUGUUAUCACCACUACUGGUCGCUCAGCCCAUUUAGUUUCCAAGUAUCGACCACGCUGCCCGAUCAUGGCUGUAACGCGCUUCCCACAAGUUGCUAGACAGUGCCAUCUUUAUCGUGGCAUUAUUCCUGUUCACUACACACCGGAUGAGGAUG